AUGGCAACCACCGAAGCUCAGAAACUCAGAAGGAUGAUGAAGCGCUUUCGAGUUCUGAUCAUGGGGAGAGCAAACGCAGGCAAAACGACCAUCCUUCAGAAGGUCUGCAACACCACUGAUCAACCAGAAAUUUACGAUACCAAAGGAAACAAGGUGCGGGUGAUGAUCUAUGCCCGUGGAAAUCAUGACAUCACGAAUGAGAUGGUAUUCAAAAGUAAUCCCGAUUUUGUCUUUCAUGACUCCUGCGGUUUCGAAGCAGGGUCUGAAGAAGAAUUUGAGAGCAUGAAGAAAUUUAUAUCAGAAUGCGCACAUGCGACGAAAUUAGAGGAGCGAAUUCACGCCAUAUGGUAUUGUAUUCCCAUGGACGACCAUUGGCAAACAUUCCAGCGGUCGGAAGAGAAGUUCUUCCAGGAGUGCGACACUGGGCACGUUCCUGUUGUCGCAGUGUUCACCAAGUUCGAAGCUCUGCGUCCAGUCGCGUAUGGUGAAAUCAAGAAGCAACUACAAGGGGUAUUGGGUGAAGAGCGCUCAAAGAGGAUUGCCGAGCGCGUUGAGGAACUGUUCAUUAAGACACGUGUCUUGGAUCGGUUGUACAACCCCGAAAACCGUGCGCGUCCCAAGUCCUAUGUACGUUUGCAAAAUAUGAACAAACAGAAUACAAACUGCGACACUCUACUGGAAAGCACCACUCUCGCACUGGAUAAUGAAGAAUUGCGGUUGUGUUUGGUGUUGACACAAAAAUCGAACAUGGAGCUUUGCAUCAAGUGCGCCAUCGCGUGA